AUGCAUUCUUUAAGUACUCUGAUACCUUAUGAUGCUCAGAAAAAACUGAUAUUUUUUGUCAAUGGAAAAAAGGUUGUAGAACCCAACCCCGAUCCAGAAUGGACACUGCUUUGGUAUCUUCGAAAGAAACUGCUGUUGACUGGCACCAAAUAUGGUUGUGGCGAAGGUGGCUGCGGCGCCUGUACUGUUAUGAUUUCACAAUAUUUGAGUAUUGAAGAUCGAAUCAAGCAUAUAACGGUGAAUGCUUGCUUGACACCCGUUUGUGCCAUGCAUGGUUUAGCAGUUACAACUAUCGAAGGUAUAGGGUCUACACAAGAACGAUUACAUCCAGUUCAAGAACGAAUAUUCAAAGCGCAUGGAUCACAAUGUGGCUUUUGCACGCCAGGAAUUGUAAUGUCUAUGUACACGUUACUAAGAAAUAAAGACGACAUUCAGUAUGCAGAUAUAGAGACUGCUUUACAAGGAAAUCUUUGCAGAUGUACUGGGUAUAGACCUAUCAUAGAGGGUUUCAAGACUUUUAUGAAAGGAUGGGAGAAAUACUAUAUUGAUGAAGAUACAGAUAAAGGGAAUGGAUUAUGUGCAUUGGGUAAAGAGUGUUGUCGAAAUAAUGAAAAUGCAAAUAGUAACCAAUUAUUCAAUAAGUCAUUAUUCCAACCAUACGAUCCAACUCAAGAACCUAUAUUUCCACCAGAAUUAAAGCUAGAUCAUCGAUAUAUGAAGGAAUAUUUGUACUAUGAAGGAGAAAAUGUAUCAUGGGUGCGACCAACAACACUUGAAAACUUACUUUCCAUUAAAGCUCAGUUCCCAAAUUCUAAAAUUGUCGUUGGUAAUACUGAAAUAGGAGUUGAGAUAAAGUUCAAGAAAAAAGUGUAUCCGAUUCUUCUGUAUCCAUCAGUAAUUAGUGAAAUGAGCUGUUGUAAUGUCUCCGGCAAAGGAGUUUUAGUAGGAGCUACGACUACACUAACAGAUUUGACUGACUUUUUAAACAACCAAAUUAAAAACGAAAUAAAAAAAGCUCAAAUUUUUGAAGCUUUGAAGGAUAUGCUGCAUUGGUUUGCAGGCAAUCAAAUUCGAAAUGUAGCUUCUUUGGUUGGAAAUAUUUUAACGGCCAGUCCAAUAUCUGAUUUAAAUCCAAUCCUAAUGGCAUGUUCUGCUAUUUUACACGUAGAUAGCACUGAAAGAGGUCAUAGAAAAGUUAUGAUUGAUGAUUCAUUUUUUAGAGGAUAUAGAAGUACCGCUAUUCAAGCAGACGAAGUUGUUACCUCAGUCGAAAUACCCUUCAGUGACGAAAUACAGUAUUUUAAAGCUUACAAACAAGCAAGGAGAAAAGAGGAUGACAUUUCUAUAGUGACUUCAGCGUUUAAUGUAAAAAUUGAUAGCAUUUCUCAAAAAAUAUUGUAUGCUAAGUUGUGUUACGGUGGUAUGGGGCCAACUACUAUAUGCGUAAGUAGAACUUCAAAUGCAUUAAUUGGACAGAAGUGGAACGAAACCAUCUUAAAUAAAGCAUUUAAUUUGUUAACUGAUGAGUUACAAUUAGAUAUUUCGGCCCCAGGAGGAAUGGCGGACUAUCGCAAAUCACUUUGUUUAAGUUUAUUUUUUAGGUUUUAUUUAUAUGUUUUGCAAAAGCUACAAGAUCUCAAGGGUAUUCAAUUAUUAAAUCAUACAGAUUUAAGUGCUCUUCAGGAAAUACAUGUUGUACAAGCACCAAGUAGUUCACAGUGUUAUGAAAUAAACAACGAUGAUAGAACAGCGUGUGAUGCAGUUGGUUUGCCUAUAACGCAUUUAUCAGCUCUUAAACAAGCCACAGGGGAGGCUUUAUAUUGUGAUGAUAUACCUCCUGCUAAUAACGUACUCUAUCUAAAGUUAAUCUUUAGCGAACACGCACAUGCCAAAAUAAAAUCCGUAGAUGCUAGUAAGGCUAUGUUAUUACCAGGAGUAGAAGCAUUUUUAUCUGCUGCUGAUUUAGACGAAGAAUGUAAUAAAAUGGGACCUAUAGUAAAAGAUGAAGAAAUAUUUUGUAGUAAAACAGUGACAAGUCGUGCAUGCGUAAUAGGAGCUAUUGUAGCGACAACGGAAAGUGUAGCUCAAAAAGCAAAAGACCUGGUGAUUGUGAAAUACGAAGCAUUAGAGCCAGUUAUAGUAACGUUAGAAGAUGCGAUUGCUCGAAGUUCGUACUUUUCGGGGUAUCCUCGAAUCCUUCGUAAAGGUGAUAUUGAGGAAGCUUUAUCGAGAUCAACUCACGUUGUAGAAGGGCAUGUUAGAAAUGGAGCACAAGAACAUUUUUAUUUAGAGACAAUUUCUGCAUAUGCUGUUAGAACAGAAGAUGAGCUGGAGAUUAUUUCAACAACACAAAAUCCUGAAGAGAUAGCGCGCAUUGUCUCAGAAGCUCUUAAAAUACCUAAUAAUAGAGUUGUAGCUAAAGUAAAGAGAGUUGGAGGAGGGUUUGGGGGCAAAGAAACUAGAGCAGCUUUUUUAGCUGUACCAGUGGCGGUGGCCGCCUAUAAACUAAAGAGGCCAGUACGAUCAGUACUAGAUAGAGAUGAAGAUAUGCAGGUCAGCGGUUACAGGCAUCCAUGUUGGAUAAAAUAUAAAGCUGGGUUUAAUAGUGAUGGCAGAAUAAAUGCUGCAAAAUUUGAAAUAUACAGCAACGCUGGCAACUACUUGGACAUCUCUUGUUCGAUGUUAGAAAGGGCACUACUUCACGUUGAUAACUGCUAUUUCAUACCUAACAUUGAGGUAGUAGCGUAUCUAUGCAAGACCAACAUGCCCUCAAAUACAGCCUUUAGAGGAUUUGGGGCACCAAAAGCCAUGUUAGCUGCAGAAACAAUGAUUAGAAAUGUUGCUUUAAAAUUAAAUAGAAGUUAUGAGGAAAUUGUAGAAAUGAAUUUGUAUCGAGAAGGAUUGCUGACUCAUUACAAUCAGGUUCUUACCUACUGCACAUUGCCGAGAUGUUGGAAUGAGUGCAUAGAGACAUCUGAUUACUGGCGCAGAAAAAGAGAUAUUGAAGAGUUUAAUAGACAAAGUAGAUGGCAAAAGAAAGGUAUAGCGUUAGUUCCGACAAAAUAUGGAAUAUCUUUUCAAGUUGAUGUUUUGAUGCAAGCAGGAGCAUUAUUGUUAGUCUACAGAGACGGAUCCGUGUUAUUGUCUAUUGGAGGAAUAGAAAUGGGCCAAGGCCUGUUCACGAAAAUGGUUCAAGUUGCUUCAAGGGCUCUCGAUAUAGACUACACAAAAAUUCAUGUAAGUGAAAUGUCUACUGAUAAAGUACCCAACAGUUCACCAACAGCCGCCAGCAUAAGUUCGGAUUUAUAUGGUAUGGCUAUCUUAGAAGCGUGUAAAAUUUUAAAGAAACGACUGGAACCAUAUGUGUCUAAGAAUCCAAAUGGUAUAUGGGAAGAUUGGGUACAAGAUGCUUACGCAAACAGGGUGCAGUUAGCAGCUACAGGUUUUUAUGCUGCUCCGAAAAUAGAAUAUGAUCCUGAUACAAAUUCUGGAAAUCUUUUCGAGUAUUUUACUUAUGGAGUAGCAUGCUCUGAAGUUAUUAUCGAUUGUUUAACUGGGGAUCAUCACGUGUUAAGAACAGACAUUGUAAUGGAUGUUGGAGAGAGUUUAAACCCAGCUAUAGACAUAGGUCAGAUUGAGGGAGCUUUUAUGCAAGGUUAUGGUUUUUACACGUUAGAAGAAAUGGUUUUUUCACAUAGCGGUGAAGUGCUAUCUCGUGGUCCAGGAACAUACAAAAUUCCUGGAUUUUCUGACAUACCAAAAGAAUUUAACGUUUCGCUAUUAAAAGGUGCACCCAAUCCCCGCGCAGUUUAUUCUUCCAAGGCUGUGGGCGAGCCACCUCUUUUUCUUGCUUCAUCCGUAUACUUCGCAAUAAAGGAGGCUAUAACAUCUGCCCGCAAGGAAAGUGGCGCGUCUCCAGAGUUUAUAAUGGAUGUACCUGCGACCUGUGCUCGAAUACGAAUGGCUUGUGAAGAUCACAUAACUAAGCAGGUGAAACCUACAGUUACCAGAAAGGGAAAACCGUGGAACGUUAAGGUGUAA